AUGGUUCGGAAGAUUCUGAUUGAUGAUCCCGAGUUCAUCUUCCCUUUGUCUCUUCAACAGGUCACAUUGUAUAGGAGCAUGCAAGGGAAGUCUGAGUUACACAAAAGUGUUUCCCAGAAACAGAUGAGGGUGUUCUGGUGGAUUCUGUUGGGCACAUUUCUCUGGCAAUUUCUUCCCGAGUAUCUUUUUCCCUUCGUCGCUGCUCUUGCUCCACUAUGCUGGUUUGCGAGUCGAAAUCACACUGUCAACUUCCUUGGUGCCGGCCGUGGAGGAAUUGGGCUCCUCAAUAUCACACUCAACUGGUCUAACAUCACGUCCACCGUCAUUACUUAUCCUUACAGUGUUCAAGUGACUAUCUUCGUUGGCUUUGUUAUCACAACAUGGAUUUUGAUUCCCGUUGCUUACUUUGGCAACUUAUGGGGAUCCCCUACGUACGACAUUAUGUCGAAUGGUGUGUUCCAAAAGAACGGCUCCUCUUAUCCAUUUGAAUCUUUGAUCUACACGGACUCGAGCGGUGUUCAGCAUGUCAAUGAAACAGCUUACCACGAGGUUGGUCUGGCGUACUCUGGGGCUCAGUACACAUGGGAAAUCUUCAUGUGGUACGCAUCGUACAUUUCCUCCUUUGUUUGGUGUGGCCUAUUCCUGGGCCCCAAAGUAGUCAAGAUCUGGAAAGCAAGAAAAGCAGAGGGAGAGUAUCACCAAGAUAGGUUGAGUCGUAUUAUCCAACAGUAUCCGAGCCUCACUCUUUGGGAAUGGGUUUUGUUGACCAUUAUUCCCAUUGGCAUUUUGCUCGUUAUUGUCGCCACAAAGUCUGUCUGGAUGCCGACUUGGACCUACUUCGUCGCUCUGGGUUUUGGCGGCGCUGCUAUGCUGCCUAUGAGUCUGGUUUAUGCGAUGUCUGGUUAUUCGAUCAAGGUUGGGUUCUUCAACGAACUUAUUUACGGCUACAUGAUCGACGCGAAGGGAUCGUCGCGCCAUCCCCUUGGCCAGCUAGCCUAUCGGAUUAUUUCUGGCAACGUCUGGUACGACGCUCGUAUUGUUCUGGAAGACCAAAAGAUUGGGCACUACCUUCAUCUUCCCCCUCGAGACGUGAUUGGGGUCCAGAUCAUCGCAAAUAUGAUAGCUCUCCCUAUCAACUACGGCGUUAUGCGUUGGGUCAUUGCAUCUAAAUUUGACUACGUGAGUGGUCGAGUCGCGGAUCCUCAAGGACAAUGGACUGGCCAAGAGUUCAAGAGCUACAAUACCGCCGGUAUCCAGUACGCACUUGUGGGGCCAAAGAAGCUCUUCGCAUCCUCCUUUUUCAAGCCUGUGCUCUACGGCUUCCCUGCUGGCGCAAUAGCACCGAUCAUUAUCUGGCUUCUUCACAAGAAGUUUCCAAGAGCCCGUUUCGAUCUUUGGAACUCAACAAUCUUCUUUGCUAGCGCGGCAACAUUCCACGGAAAUCUCAGUACUGGGCCCUUUACAACUUUCCUGGUCGGAACCUUCUUCAACUUCUACCUCUACCGUUAUCGUCGCGCUUUCUGGAACAAAUGGGCAUACAUCAGUGGUGCAGCUUUGGACACCGGCUUUAACGCCAAUCUCCUGUUCAUCUUUAUUUUUCUUGGUACAACCGGAGCAGUAAUGGCGCACUGGUGGGGAAAUAAUGCGGAAAACAUUGAGAGAUGCUUUGCAUUGAAGGGAUAG